AUGCAAACAUUACAACGUCGACAAUCGAUAUCAACAGAUCCUACUCGAAUAGACUAUGAAGAAAGUGAAGAUGAAAGUAUACCUUCAUCUCCAUUAACAUUCUCGAAUACGGAUAAUCAUCAUUUAAGUUCUUCAACUGGUAUUUAUUCAAAUUUAAAUAUUGAACCUAAACAUCAUCUUCGUCAAUCAACACCUUCAUUAGCCGUAAAUAAUCUAAAAACACAAUGUGCUACUUCAUCGACUAUACUUUCUUCUUCUCAACCAUCAUCCGUACCAUUAUUUACUAAUUGA